AUGAAAUUAAAUAUUUAUGGUUUUUUAUAUUUAACAUUUUUAUUUCUAAUAUUAUUAAAUAGUUUAAUAUGUGGGUACGUUCUUAAAGAUAUUUCAAUAUCUAAUUUCUAUAAACAAUAUGCAUCAGAUUCAGCAGAUAGCACAUAUCAGUGCAAAUUUACGGCCGUUGUUUGGUGUGAGGUAUCCGAUCAAUCAGAAGAUUGUGACGCCAUACCAGUAGAUAGUUCAGGCGGUUCUAUUAGUAAUAGUCCUUCUUUCAAAAAUGGAACCACUAAAGUUUAUAAUAUAUUGCUAGAAACUAAUCCAGGCACGUUCUCAGUUAUUUUUGGAACAACCAUAGUAGCUACUUUUGAAUGUUUAGGUGGGUUUUAA